AUGAAGAUGAAAUAAUUUCUUGAGUGUGAAUAUGCACUCUCUAAUCGAAUUAAAUGUGCUACUUGUCAUGUUGUCAUAUUCAAGCAUGAAUUAAAAAUUGGACAUAUAUUUUUAAGAAAAGAUGAAGGUAUAAAUUGAAAUUUACUAAAAACUAGGCUAAUAAUUUGAUAAGAAGGUUUGGUAUCAUGUUCAUUGCAUUAAGAAAUGGCCUACUGGUGAAAAAGGUUAAGAAUUACCCCUCUUUAGAUUACAAACACUUAAGGCAGAAGACUAAUUAAAAAUUAAAGAAUUAUAUAGAUCCUUACAAGAGAAACCUAAAAGUAAGAAUUUUUACUUAUUUCAAAGAUAAAAAGGAAAUCAAAGUCUUAUCUAAAUAAGAACAAUAUGAAAAAUAUGUGACUGUAAAGAAUUUAAAUGAUCCAGGCCAAAUCGAAGAUGAUGAUGAUUGCAUAAUGCUUUGA